AUGUUGUUUCGAACAAUUCAACUCCUCUACCAGCUUCUUAAUGAGAAUUCUAAGCAAACACACCACAUUCUGCUCAUGAUCAUGGCAGUGGCACCUGCGUCAGAACAAGUCCUCAAUGCUUUUAACGAGAUUCUUAACUUGAGAAGGGCUUACACUUAUGAUCGCCAGCAGAUAUUCGGCUUUCUUCACCAUGUGGUCAAUAAUGGACAUCUAUAUGAUAUUCAAGAUUGUCAAUUGCCAUCGCUUAGGGGAAUUCUCGCGCAGAUUGAAAUGCUGUGUCCUCCAGAUGGCGGUGAUUUCGCGUCGCCUGGCUUAGAGCCUGAUCAAAUGAUCAAGCGGCGCCUGAACCCUGAAUGGGACUCUCGCAAUCCAUCGAAGGCUUCUAAAUUCCUGCUAGACCCCCUUUGGCACGAUGGAGUCCCCUAUUGGGGUCUCUUCGACAUGCUCGGCCUUUUCCUUUCCAUUAUUGGAGUUGGGCCGAGCAGGGCUACAAAACGCAAUUUCUACCUCCCACUAAUAGCAAUGUACGCUAAGUGGUGUAGUACUCUUGCGGCAUCUGUUCCAACGAUGUAUAAUUGCACAUGGAUAGCGUACGGGCCCGGCAAAGGUACAUUCUUUCUUGGGGCCUCUUUGAAAGGGUUCCGUUCCUACCCCGGCAUUACUGGACCGUGGAGUAAGGUGAUCUGGGAAGGGCGAUUCUCCUUGAUCAAUGAUGCUGCCAUGAUAGAGAGCGGCAACACAAUGACGAAUUGUCCUGAGCAAAGAGAAAAUAAGACGCUCAUUCGUUUCGGAAAUUGUGCUGAGACGUACCCAUUCGUUCAUCUAUUCCAUGGAAAUCCCGCUGCAGUUCAUGGAAUUGCGCUCCAACGUCAAGGAGUUCUUCCCACAAAUUACGAGGAUAACUUGUCCGGCAGUGUUUGGCAAAAUGUACGACCACUCUGUGCUAAUUGUCGAGAGCUGACUGAGAUGCGGCGUGGAUGCGUCGCCAAUUUUGAUCCAUUGGCUGAUGCGAACGGCGUGCCACCUUGA